AUGGAAGAUACAGAGCAAAAAGGAUUGGAGGUGGAAGAGGUAGAUCUCGAGGAUCAGAACCAAGCCGCAUCAAUCCUAUCGCUACAACCCCACUCCUCAACGAAAGAGAUUGAAAUUGAAGUUUUUGACACUAUAGACACAAAUAAACGACCCAAGGCAUUCAGAUCGACUUUCCAUGAGGUUAUAGUGGUGGUAAUUUUAUCACUGGCCCCAGCCGCAUCGUCCCUUGCUAACGGAGCGUACCAGAUGUCCAUGCCCGAAACAACGAGUCAUUUUGGUAUCAGUGGUGGGUCCAUGGCAUGGGCAUCAGGGUCUGUCUUUCUGGGUUCUGGCUCGUUUGUUCUGCUGUUGGGUGGGUUGGCAGAUGCUCUUGGUAGGAAGAACUCCAUGAUGAUAGGGUAUGCUGGAUACGCUAUAUUUGCGCUUAUAGGAGGUUUUAUGGACAAUUUCAUUGCUCUUUGUGUGAUGAGAGGGUUGCAAGGGAUGUCUGUCGCAGCAGGAACACCAGCUGCAGCAGGUUUAUUGGGAAGUACUUAUAGAUCUGGUCAGAGAAAGAAUAGAGUUAUGGCCUGUUUUAGUGCUGGUGCACCAAUUGGAAAUUGUGUCGGAUUCACAGUUGGAGGAAUAUGCACACAGCUGAUCAGCUGGAGGGCUAUUCAUUUUUUCAUGACAAUAUUAUAUGGCUCGCUCGCAGUUGCUGCGUUCUUCUUCGUGCCCAGGGAUAGGGCGAUUGACUGGGAAAAUUCACUCAACAUCUUGAAAAAGAUGGACAUUACUGGAGCGUUCCUGUCGAUGGCAGGAUUCACCCUUUUGGCAUUCUCUCUCACUGAAGGCGAUGCUGCUGAUAAAGGAUGGAAGACGCCGUAUGUGAUUGCGCUAUUGAUUAUCGGCGUCCUCUUGAUCGUAGCUCUUGGAGUUUAUGAGUCGUACAUCCCUGAGAAGCCGCUGAUACCGAUGCAAAUAUGGAAAAGUAAAGAUUUCACCAUAACUAUGCUGAUCGUGGCAAUGGGUUGGAUAGAGUUCUAUGGUGUUUUUACCUACUUUGGUAUGCAGUACUUUGAGAAGGUCUUAGGUUACUCGCCCUUGAAAACCACUGCGUGUUUCUUGACCAUGACUAUCGUGGGCGUGGCUGCUAACAUUGUUGUGGCACUCACAUUUCAUCUCAUGUCAGGGCGUAUGUUCAUGAUAAUAGGAACUCUGGGCUUUCUGGGUGGUGCAAUAGUAUGGGAGACACUAGACAUGCACAGAUCAUACUGGCUAGGUCCGUUUUGGGCUUUCACUCUCUCUGUGAUUGGUGGGGAUAUUACAUACAACGUGGCAAAUAUGGUGACUCUGAGUUCUGUUUCUCGAGAGUUGCAGAGCUCAGCUGCGGGUGUCUUCAAUACCGUCAUACAGUUUGCCGGGGUUAUUGGACUAGCAAUAUCUAGUGCUGUAGUCGGUGCAAGGAACCCCUACUAUGGCACUCCAGAGCAGUAUGACCAUAUUCCCGAGCUAUUUGACGGAUUCAAAAAUGCCUAUUUGCUAGCCAUUGGCUGCGGCUCCGUGGCAGUUUUCCUGUCAUGCUUCUUGAAGGUGGGAAAAUCCGGGGCACCUGCAUGA